AUGGCCGAGCUUCGGCGCGAAGGUAGGAAAUGGGACUGGGCGAAGCCGUCCGAGGAGGAGGUGCAUGCGAGGCUCGCCGACUGCGACGAACCCCUUCGAGAUGUGAGUUUCGUACUGCUCAUAUCGGUGCUCAUAUCAUAUGCGACUGCCGAUCUCCUGUGUUGUGUGCAGAAAGUGCCCGACACCGUCCGGGACGGGGACGCGGGCUCCGGCCUGCUAGCAAUGAGCGCGUUGCUCUGGGCUGUGAGGCGGAAGGAUCGGUUGGCCGGCGCCCUCCGUCGCAGUGCCACCAGCAUGGACAAGGUCGCUGUUGCGGGGUUGAAGGGGCUGCGGACUGAGAUGGUAGCCUUCAUCAAGAAGCAGGUCGCGCUAAUGCGGUCGGGCCGAAACGUAGUUGCGGCCGACGUCUGUGACGACGACGGCGAGGAGGUUCAGUCGGCGCCCCAAGCUGGCGGUGUCGCCCCUGCCGUCGCUGAUGCGCGUGGCACCUCGGUCGGGAAGCCGGGUAGCGGCGUCGACGAGGCCGAUGCGGCAGCAGGACAUGGGGUGGCCGGGACCGAGGAGAAGCACCGGGACGAGGUUGUUCAUGGGGAUGAUGAUGGGGUCCAGGGUCGUGAGGCGGAUCGCAGUUCGGGGAAGCAGUCGGGGAAGAGCGUGCUCGACAUGCUCAAGAAGCACUGGGCUGGGGUUCGAGCGGCCAGCACUGAUCAGGGUGGUGGGGGUCCCGCCGACGAGCAUGCCACUGAUGACGCACUGCCAAGGGCUCCGCCUUCGGUCGCCGAUAAGCCACCACGACAGGGUAGCGGUGAAGAAGGGCUGCGCGACAAGGAGAAGGCGGCCGCAAAAACGGCCCCAGCUGGCCAGGGCCCGAAGACAGGGGUCGCGGUGGCGUCAGCGGUUCCUCACCAGCCCCCAGCUGGUGCACGCCCUCCGACCGGACCGUCUGCCGGGCGACCUGCCGACGUCCCGCGCUCUGCCGACGUCCCGGCUGCCGACAAGGCUGGCCGCGCGGGGAAAGGGGCGGCAGUUGCGGACGCGCUCAAGGAGCAGCUCAGGCGCCUAGCCGGCCACAAGGCUGUUCAACAGCCCCCCGCUGCUGUCGACGCCCCAUCUGCCAGUGUCCCAAAGUCGCCGGUCGUCGCCGCCCGUGCUCCUGCAGACCCAAAGUCCGCGUUGCUGCGCGCCCAGCUGGGCGCACUAGCGUCGACUGCGCCAACUCAGCAGGCUUCUGGCUCCGGCGCUAAGACGUCGUCGGCAAAAGUCGCACCACCCACCCCUGUGGCAGCUGAGGUUGAGAAGGCGGCGGAGAAGGGCGUUCGUGCCGCCCUUGCCACCGGCGGCGGCCCCGUCGAGCAGGCGCCCCCCGAUGCUGAUAUCGCUGCCAUACAGGCCCACCUGGAUGCUGCCAAUCCCCGACCGCUGGCCAUCUCCGACACGGCACAUGUGGAGCCUUCGGCGGGUCUCGUCGGCAGUCCAGCAGAGCCGACUGCGACCGGUGAUGCUGUCGGCGAUGGAAAGGCGAAACGGAAGGGGAAGGCGGGCUCACAGAGGAAGACGCGGGAGAAGUCGGAGGCGAAGGCGGCGGAUAGAGGGAAGGGGAAGGCGGCUGAGACGGCGGCUGACAAGGAUGGAGGCGGCAAUACGGGGGUGAAAGGGAAAGCGGGGGAGAAUCAGAAGUCGCUCGGCGAGGGUACGUCGACGGGGAGGAAGGGGAAGGACAAGUCGGUAGGAGAAGGAUGGGUCGGCGAGAUUAAGGUGCACGGCAUCAAUCGAUACAUCGGCAAGUCGCGUGAGAAGAUGGAGCUCGCGUACGUGCACUCCAUCGCGUUCGUCGUCUACGACGGUUUCGUGAGCAAGGUGCUCAUGAACGAGCUCACCGUCCUGGACAGCGCCGAGUUGGAGAGGUGGAAGGAGGUGUGGGAGGAGGUCAGGAUCUUGCCGACCGGGAUGUGGACGGUGAUGUGGGCCCGGGGAACGCUCCUUCCAAAGACACGAUCCUCGACAAGUAUCGACAUUACAAGACCACUGGCGAUGCGCUGCACGCCGCGCUCCUGCCAGCGAUAUGGUACCCAGUCGAUCCCGACACCGAGGAAGGCGAAGUCGGCGUCCAUGCUGUCCGCGUUGAUUGGCCGCGUGUCAAUGUGCGCUGCGUAUGGGAAGACCGCUGCGACAGCGGCGAGAAAGGAGGGAGACAGCGACGAGAAGACGGAUAUGGCGGCAUGGGCGUUAGGAGCAUCCGCAUGCGCUGUGUGGUGCUUCGUCGAGAACGGCGAUGCCCAGGUGGAGGAUGCUGUGGAAGAAGGGAAGGCGGCGGCGCUUGUGGGCGGAGCGAGCCAGGCGACCGCCGAUGUAUUCGGCAAAGUCAUGGAGGCGGUGCUGAACGCCGAGAUCAACAGGGACCGCCCCCUGGGAGAGGUUGCUUACAACGUCGCGCCAGCACUCAAGAGGACCGCCCUUGACAUGGCCUAUCCGGGGGUGGAUGCCGGAGUCGAUGCCGACGUGAUCGCAAGAGCGACGGUCGAGACGAUGGCGUUCUGGGGAAUGUGCCCCGUCGCCGGGCCGAAACUCAAAGCGAGGGGCAUCGCGGUGCCGAUUGACGCGCAGAUGAAGGCCGAUAUCGACAACAGGGGGAGAAAGGGUCAGAGGGGCAAGAAGGCGACGAAGGCCAAGGGCGGCACGGAGAAGAAGGGGACGAAGGGCCAGAAGGCGAAGGAGUCGGCGUAG